GAUCUUCUAACGUUAAUCGACGUGAUGCCGAUGUUGUACCGCUUUUGGGUGACAUCGUCGUGGGAGUCGAGCCAGACCCCCACAGUCGAGGGAAUGUCCAACUUGGGGCUAUCCUCACCGCCGAACCCCGCCCUAGUCGAGUUGUGCCCAAUGUCGAAGACAAGAGCCCCAACUUCGUCUACAACAAGGUUAUGUUUACCAAACAAUGAAUUUUUGGUUAAAAACACUCACCGCCCCCAUAAACAGCCCCACUCAUUUCUAACACCUUAUCAGACAGCAAAGAAACACCGCUUUCAAUACAUAUCUCAAAAGAGAUUAAAUUUCAUGAAGAAAACAUAGAAAAACGCCAGAUUACCGGCUGUUUAUAAAAACAAACAUGGCUGAUGGUAGACAAAGUGGAAUUUUAAAUAAAUUAUAAUCUCCCAUCGACAAUACUCAACUAAUUCGUGUAUUAAAUUCAGUUUUGUGCCCUUAAAUAAGUCGGCUUAGGCGGUUUCAGGAAUUUUAGUGUAGUUUGUGUGUUAAAAAAAUCAAAAGUUACCGAUCGAGUUUGGCGGGUUUUUGUAGCGGCAAUUUGAAAAAAAUGAACAGAUUUGAAGACAAUAACUGUCGUUUAUGUUCGAAAAUUUUCUGUUGUGUCAAUUGCCGAAUGUCCCACGAAGAAAAUUACCACAACGUGAACCCCAAGUGUGAAAUUUGUAUUUACGGCAGGGCCACGGUCAAAAACGCAUCAAUUUCGCUCCUAAACCACAUAAAAGCCGCUCAUUGGCCCCUGCAUUGUGUUUUUUGUAAGAAAGUUUUUACGUCUCUUGACGAGCUCGUCCCUCACGAUAAAUGCCCUUUAAAACUUGGAACUCUCAAAAUGCAAGAAGCAUCACCGAAAACUCCAGUCACUUCAUUAACCGAAAAGGAGAAACUCUCGCUCGAAGUCACCCCGUUUUACAAAGCGGUUCAAGUCGGGCCUCACCAGAUCAGGGCCAGAAUGGGGGCGACAAGUACGCCCCUGAUACACAAAGAAAGUGACAAGGAGGAUAAAAUCACCCCGAUUAACCAGAGUGAAAUUGUCUACCAUAAAUCAAACUUGAAAAUGACAGGGUCGUCGAAUUUGAGCGACUCCAAGAAAAGGGUGACUUUUUCGGAAACCCCCUCUGUGAGCGAAUUGUGCAAGAAACCCAAAUAUUUAACCCUGCCUAAACAAAUUACGAAACAGGAGCCGGAAGAUUCAAACAAUGUUUCUGAUGAUUCCUAUUCAAGUGUUGCUGAGGAGCCAGAAUUGUACAAAACAGCCCCUUAUACAAUUCCAGAGUGUGAGGAAAACGAGAUUGACACUAAAGGAACCAUAUGGGAAAGUGCAUUAACACAGUUGGACUUCAGCGGUUGUAGUAACAUUGUUGAGAAGAUUGACAACAAAACGAAUCAUUUUAACGUUUCUUUGCAAAUAAACGUCUUCAAUAAUGAUAGCGCAACUUCGAAAAGUAACAAUGACUUGUCUUUGAAUAAAUCAACAAACAUUUGGUCCUCGAUGACAAACAUGGUGAAGUCGGUCGUGAGUAACAUCUCAAUGACGGCACAAAAUAGCUUUUCAGGUGUAGGUAUCAAGAGGUCUCAGCCUGAUAAUGACGCAGUUACUGACGCCCCCGAUUUGAAGAGAAUGAAAUUGACUGAUAUUAAAUGCCGACGACCGAUUAGGGCCAUAAGUCCCUUGUAUCAACUAAGAUUUGCACGGCCCCGUUGCGUAGACAAAGCGACUCAAACCGACGAAAGUUGGAUGUGAUUUUUACCAAAACAACAAUUGAAUUAUCAUUUUUUUGUAUUUCAUAUAUUUACAUUUUGAAAUAAAUUAUGUAAUAAG